GGCGUGGGGGCGGGGUCGCUGGCUGGGGCUCUUCGAGCACACAGUCAGGCUCCGUCUUGUUGUUGUUAUCCUCGCUGUCGCUGCCUCAGGCCCACAGAGCUCCGCGCUCGCCACAGAAAGCUUCUCUCCCCCCCCUCGGCCCCUCCUGUUGCCAUGUCCUCCCCUCAGGACUCACCUCACCACAACAAUAACAACAACCUGCCGCCUGAGGGGACGCCUGCCGAGCCGGGCCUUAACAGCUCCUGGGUAGAGCUGCAGAUGAAUGGAAAUGGCAACGACAAUGGCAAUGCAAAAAAUGGGGGCCUGGAACACGUUCCUUCUUCAUCUUCCAUUCAUAAUGGAGACAUGGAAAAGAUACUUCUGGAUGCUCAGCAUGAAUCUGGGCAGAGCAGUUCAAGGGGUAGUUCUCACUGCGACAGCCCUUCUCCUCAAGAAGAUGGACAGAUAAUGUUUGAUGUGGAAAUGCAUACAAGUAAAGAUAAUAGUUCUCAGUCUGAAGAAGAAGCUGGAGAAGCAGAGAAGGAGGUGGAAGUUUUGAAGAAAAGUGCUGACUGGGUGUCCGACUGGUCAAGUCGACCUGAAAACAUUCCUCCCAAGGAGUUCCACUUCAGACAUCCUAAACGAGCAGUAUCUUUAAGUAUGAGGAAGAGUGGAGCCAUGAAGAAAGGUGGCAUUUUUUCAUCUGAGUUUCUAAAAGUUUUCAUUCCAUCUUUGUUCAUAUCUCAUGUUUUGGCUUUGGGACUAGGCAUUUACAUUGGAAAACGACUGACUGCACCUUCAGCUAGCACAUAUUGAAAGAAGAAGUGCACAAACCCUGGAAAUCCUUGUGAUCUGUGAAGGUGUUAAUGUCACACUAGUACAUUUGAACUUGACAAUUUUAAGCAUGACCCUUCCCAGCCUCCACCUUGUCUUUACAUAUCCAGGUUCCAGUAACUCUUGGAAUUCAGUAUUGUUUUGGAACUCUGUGGGGGUAUUUUACUAGUUUCCCUCUCCCAUACCCAGCCCUUCCCCACACCCUGCAAGACACAUCAGAAUUGUCUAACAGAGUUUACAAUUGCCUAUACGUUGCAAGGGCUUCUUCUUUCAGUGCAAAAUGCCACCAGCAAAUUAUAAUUUUCAUGAAACUGUUGCCUCCUCUUUACUACAGCAAGAAGUACUCUGCACAAUGUACGAUUGAACUGUUUAUAACAAUCUCCAGUCUCUUUAAAAGAAACUGAGAAUUAACUGAAGUUGGUUUUAAACACAGUCAUUGGCAGUUUAAAAAAUAUAGCUUAUUCCACAACUUUCAGCUAAAUGUUUUCAGUCUUCAGGAGGCAAAAACUGCAUAAAAAUCAAAGCAAGAUAAACGUGGAUUCAUCAGCAACUUUUUAAUACUGAAUAACUGUCACUAUCUUGUCUUUUCUAUCAAAUUGUGAAUUUCUUUCUGGUUUAAAAGAAACCUUUCCAACAUCUAGAAAUUCUUUUUUUAAAGAAUUGCAUUAUUUGCAUGUGAAGAAGCUUUUUAGUGUUCCUUAGGGUUUUAUUUAACAUGUUUUCCUUUUAAAAGUAGUUUGACUUGAAGUAUUUCUUGAAGUAUUUAGGCUCCACGUGAAAGGAGAUUCUGCUUGUUAUGGAACCACUUACAAUUUAUGAAGAGAUGGUUGUUUCAGCAACUACUGGGAGCAUCAUUCCUGGAAGCAGUCUUAUCGUUGUGUAAAACACAAUUGUACAAAGCUCUGAAACGUCUUCUGUGGUAGAGAUUCAUUACUACCAUUUUUCAUGGUUCACUGUUGAAUCUCCCUUGGAGAUAACCUGAAAUCUUAAGGUUCUUUGUGACAUCUUGUAUAGCUAGAUAGAAAUCUCACUAAUGGGAACACUCAGCCUCUCCCGCCCCCCUCCCUUCAGAGACAUUUUCCAAAAUGUGAAGUUAGUUGCAAAUUGUUUCAAGGCAACUGGACAAACAACGGUCCCUAACUAGGUUUGCAAUGGAUUUUGAAACAUGUAGCAUGACUCUGAAGGAUUAGGAUUCUGUUUUAUAUAUAAAUAAUAGACUUUAAUACUACAUAUUUAGAAAACCAUUAUUAAUAUUAAAAGUAGCAAAAUGCCAUUGAACUAGAAUGCAUUAGACUUGCAGCAACAAUUGGCAGCCCUAUGGAAACUAAUUUUUCUAUUUGCAUCAGAUUUCUGAAAGUAGAAAGGGCCUGGCAAUGUAAGCAUAGUGGCUAAUGCCUAGUUGAAAUAGGUGACGUUUGUAAAGCAAAAGCGAUAAACAGAAAAUCAAUUUCUAAAGUGUGUGUGUGUGUGUUUAAUCCUUGAUUGUGGCAACACUUAAAGACUUCUUUUUGCUGAGACUGGUAACAUCUGGGGUACUUGUAUUGCUUGCAGCUAUGUAUUUAUUUUCCAGUGUGGUUAUUGGAAUGGUUUUGAGGUGAAUUAAACAGUAAGGAUUUUUUAAAAGAAAAUCAAACUAUAGCAAACCCAGGUGAUGCUAAUAGUCUGAUUUCUUAUCAAUGCUGAUUAUUGUAUUUUCUUUUGCAAAAAAAAGGAAUGUGAAAAUAUAUAUGAAAUCGGGAACAUGUUUGUUAACAAAAUAAAGCUUCAUGCCUUUCCAAAUUACAUGAUUACACAGCAUUCUGCUGGCCAAUAUAGUAAUUUAUCUACAUGCUUGUGACUACACACCUUUGCUGAUAACUUCAGAAUAAUGGCGAGAUUAUAAUUACCAGUGGAAAAAUCCCAUUGAGCUUUGAAUAUCUUAUCACUGUUGAGCUUGUUGCUGUGCAAUGAUACAAAACAGUAUUUCUUGAGAAACGGCAUAAGCUUGGAAUGGAAGACCAUGACUUUUUGUUAUGCUGUGAAAUGGACCAGAUUGUUAUAUAAUUUGAAUAGGGGCAUCUACUAUAAAGCUUUGUUUAAGACAAACCUUGUUAAAAAGCUUUAUCCCUGUUUACAGUUUGGGGUAGAAAUGCAGGCCUUGUUUCCUUAUGUUAAGUGGAAGAGAGGGAACUGUCUUGAAAUAUUUGUACAUAGGAUCAAGCAGUGCAUAAACUCGCACAUUAAAGAAAACAGACUGAACUGCAGUGAAAAAAAACCCUUACUGCUAAAAAGUGAAAACUGAAAUAUUCUGGAGAUCACUUUUUCCCAAAAAAGAUAUAUUGCUGACAUUAUUGGACGUAACUGAGCCAAAGUGAUUAUGCAUUCUUCAUAUUUAGUUAGCACUUUGUAACAUUAUUAUAUACAGUUUACAGUACAUGUAUAAGUUGUAGCUAUAAACAUUUUGUGCCAUUAAAGCUGUCACAAAAACUGA